AUGGCUUUCCGGUCCGUCCUCCACGAUUCCAUCCCAUCAACCGCCCCGUUCGACACCGAUCCAAGCUUCCAAGCCACAAACGGCCCCUUGCACUGGGCGGCAUACACGUGGUGGAGAAACCCGCCAACGGACAACUGUUUCCCUCAGAGACGCCUCUUUUUGUGCUAUCCGCUCUCUCUGACCCUCGUUCAGGAAGAGAAGAAGAAAACAUCAACGCCAAAAACCUCCCUUCAUCUCGUCAUUCUCGGCUCGGGACCGGCGCGGCGCCUUGGAGGGAUGCGCUUGUGUUGCACAUGUGGCGGACCUACCAGCUGGAUUUCAUUUUCGGGACCUCUCAAGCCACAGCGGACUUCUGUCAGCCAGCAAACAAGCGGCCUCUGGUAUUCCUACUGA